AUGGACACCAAGGUCGACCUUGAUGAGAUGUAUCCCUCGCUGAAGCUUCCAUGGUCUUCGCAGCCUCGAGAAGCUGAGAUCAAAUACCGCAACGCCGGCCUCGUUAGAACCCAAGGCACCCUGUUCCUCCUGCCGCCUGCGGACGACACCCUCCGCGAGACAUACAAUGCGCCUCCACGGCCCAAAACUCGCAUGUCCUCCGGCGCCGUGGCUCUCUGCAAACACUUUGAACGCGGUGGAGCAUCAUCUGAACAUGGUCGUCCACAUCCCUUCUGGACCAAGCCCGUUGGCAGUAAUGAGAAUAAGACAGAAAUAGCACGGGGGAUUCUAGAGCAAAUGUUGUCGGAAGCCGUCUGGAAGAAUGUCAUGCUCCUGCAUCAUGGCGUAGCCGUAUACGAAAUCAGGAACAGUCGAGGUUAUGGUAUGAGAUGGACCCUAGAUAUCGAGGAAUACCGUGGAAAUUGCACCGACGAAGAAGGUGCUGAUGGUUCUACCAAUUCCAAUUCCAUCAAAGACGACCAUGAGAAGAAUUGGAUCAUCUCCAAGACUACCUUCCGAGGCUUCCUGGAACCCAUUGCCGGGUUGGAUCACGAGUUGCCGCAUAAUGAUGCAUGA